CACGGAAACAAGUCCUCUGUGUCUGUAUUCCUGGUUGUUGGAUUAUCUGAAUCGGAAGAACCUCAGCUUCUCCUCUUCCUCAUCUUCCUUAGCAUCUACCUGACCACUGUAUUUGGUAACAUAGUGAUUCUAACUGUGAUUUCCUCGGACCAGCGACUGCACACACCAAUGUACUUCUUCUUGGCCAACCUUUCCAUCAUAGAUAUCAUUUUUUCUUCUGUAACUGUCCCCAAGCUCCUCUUCAUCCUGCUUACUGCACAGAAGUCCAUCCUCUACUCUGAAUGUGUCACCCAACUUUCGUUUUUCCAGUUCUUUGUGGUGGCCGAGUGCUACCUUCUGGCAGUGAUGGCCUAUGAUAGAUACGUGGCUAUCUGCUUCCCACUCAACUACACGCUUAUUAUGAGUAGAGAGGUCAGGUUCAGGAUGGUCAUAGCUUGCUGGGCUUGUGGUCUAGUGAACUCAGUUGUCCAAGCAUUUUCCAUCUCCCACCUUGAUUUCUGUGGACCCAACAUAGUAGAGCAUUUCUUCUGCGAUGUCACCCCUCUCUUUAAGUUGUCUUGUUCGGACACACGGGUUGGGGAGGCCGUGUUUUUGGUAGUGGUAAUUGUUGCUGGGAUGGUGCCACUGACUUUUAUUCUGGUAACCUAUGGUCGGAUAAUCGCUGCAGUAACAAAGAUUAGCUCCAGCCGAGGGCGCUAUAAGACCUUCUCUACUUGUGCCUCUCAUUUUACGGUGGUGGCCCUGUAUUAUGGCAGUGGGAUCUUCAGCUACAUAUGGCCAUCCUCCACCUAUGCCAUGGACAAAGACGUCAAAGUGGUGGCUGUACUGUACACUAUCAUGACCCCCAUGUUGAAUCCCAUCAUUUACAGCCUGAGAAACAGGAACGUAAAACAGGCAUUAAAGAAGGCAAUGGGGAUCAAGGGAGGGAAUUAA